GUGUGAAGAUAGUAGCACUUGUAUCAUUCAAGGAAAGUGCAAGCUAUUUUCUAGUGUGCCAAUUCAAUGUGUUCAUAACAUAUGUAUAAUUGAAACAGUCAAUCCGUGUUUUUGUUUAAUCAUUGUUUUUUUUUUUUUGUUGUUUUUUUUUCGUCCCAAUCGAAGUCACGUAAACUUUUGUGCAGCCUUAUAUGCUAUGUUCCAUGCAAUUUGAUUAGGCAUCCUUGUGGUUUUUUGACCAAUCACUGACAGUUUGAUGCUUGGAAGUCUUAGUGCAUCAAUCCCUCCUGGUUGUGUGAUUUUACAGUCAUGCUGCAUUUUCCCGGCCAGUAACAAGAGCGCCCCAAGUGCUCUUUUGAAUCAAAGUCGAAGAGACUUGAACAUUAGGAUAACUUAACGUUGACUCGGUAACCUGUGACUGACUUUUGGAUCUCGUAAAACUACCCUCAGCGACUGUUACCAUGACUGAUACUGUGGUGCCAUCUAGAGGCUCUGAUGUUCAACAUGGCAAGUCAACAUCAAACCAUCAAACAAAGUCUUCAUACCGAUCCGGUUUUGCUCAGAUUUUGGUUGCACUUAUACAAAGCUGUUUGAUUUUUGAUCACGGUCUGGAGAUGGGCAUUCCAAUUCUCGUGAUCGGUGCACUUCACAGGAAUUCCUCGGAGGCCCUCAAUAUGAACGAUGAUCAGGCAUCUUGGUUUGGGAGUAUUCUUAAUAUUGUCCACCCCGUGGCUAGCCUCACCUCCGGUUUUUUCCAAGAGAAGUUAGGCCGGAAGGGAUCAAUGAUUUCUACAACGAUUCCACUUUUCGGGGCUUGGAUGACUCUGUACUUUGCCCAAUCCGUAUACGCCUUGUACGCAGUUGUCCUGAUUUUCGGACUCUGCAGAGGGCUCACCGAGGCCCCCCUCCACGCCUACACCGGGGAAAUCGGAGAACCUCUCUUAAGAGGCACCAUGUCCACCAUCUCAGUUUCAGCAGCUAUCAUAGGUGCUUCAGUCGUAUUCGCCUUGAAUUACUUCUUCAAUUGGCGAUCUGUUGCUUUGAUCUGCAGUGCGUUUCCUAUUGUAACUUUCGCACUCUUAACUCAGAUACCCGAGUCCCCGACUUGGCUGAUAUCAAAGAACCGCCUGGACGAUGCCAUGAAAUCUCUAUGUUGGUUGCGAGGUUGGGUUGAACCGAACAAAGUGGAGACAGAAUUUAAAAAUUUAGUAAACUAUGUCAGGAAUUCGACAGAACAAAAUGAAAGCAGCUCUAACGGAUCGGAUCAAACCAAGAAAGACGGAUUUUUCGCGAAAGGAACUCGCUAUUUGGCAACGAAUUACAAAAUAAUGACAAGCAGAAAGGUACUGCGUCCUCUGCGCUUGGUUUUCAUAGUAGUUGUAGUUAGUUUAACAGCGUUUCUGGCGGGUAUCAGGCCAUAUUUCAUCCGCGAGAUUCAGGAGCUAAAAUCUCCUAUCGACGCAAGAUUAAUUUUGGUAUCCUCUACAGGUUCUCUCUUCAUCGGUGCAAUAAUGAACGUGGCGUUUUUGCGUCGCUUUGGGAAGCGGAAAAUUGCGUUAUUUUCUCACGCGGUUGCAGCUUGUUGUAUCCUCGGCAUGGGUGCUUAUUCUUCUUUUCUCCGAGAUGCUGGUUCAUACGUACAACUGCGGUGGAUCCCUAUCAUCUUUUGGCUUUUACUGAAUGUAGUCUGCGGGCUUAGUAUAUCAGUCUUGCCUUGGCAGCUCAUAUGUGAGGUCUUUCCGGUGGCAGGACGUGGUCUUGCAGUUGGUAUUUCGGCCGCUUGGGCACAUGUGGUGAUGGGACUGAUGGUUAAGUUUUAUAUUUAUACCGAGGCGUGGUUGGGCUUCAGUUGGAUGAUGUAUCUACACGGCGCAGGGACGCUGAUUGGACUCACGUAUUACUUCUUCUACUUUCCUGAGACCGAGGGGAAAUCGCUGGAGCAGAUUGAGCAAUAUUUCGCGGGAAAUUACAACCGCGAGGAAAACAACUCCAUCGACAGACGGAUGAAAUAUUAGUCAAUUAACCUAACAUCGAAGAAAAUGUGGUCAUUUGAAAAUGAAACCGUCCGCAAGGAGUAAGAUCUUGAUUAAAAAAGAAUUUACUGUGAUACGGAAACAGCCAUAGAGUGCAUAGAGGUCGCAGUGAGCAUAGUGCACAGAGUCGUAAUGUAAAUGGGAGAGCUGGCGCCAUGUUCUGGUCGAAGAGUUCCGAGCCAGGUGUGCGCCGAGCGAUGGUUACUUUUUCGACACAUAUUCGAUCCAAAAUGGCGGUGUGGAAUACGUAGUAAUUCCUACAUUCUUUGUUUACAUCGGAUGGCCGGGUCCCCGUGUAUUGAAGACAAUCGAUUAUGUAUCGAAAAAGUGACCCGGUGUCCCACAGGAGUCUUGGAAUUGGAGACCUGGAAAAUGCUUAAAAGUGGCUCUUUCACUUACAUUUCGACUCUAUGUACUCUAUGGAAACAGCUCACGGUGUGAAUUUUGGUUUGGUCAAUAUCCGGGGUUUUGUCCAAUAUAACUCCCCAAAUUUCUGGCACGACCCCAGGGAACUUUGCGUGCAUAAGCGAAAAAUGAAUAUCAAUGGCCGAAGUGCGGAAGUGUGGAUUGGUGCGGUUGUUGGAUGUUAUAAAACAAUUUUGUGUGUGAGGUGACCAAAAAUUGGCAACUUUUCUUUGAGAGCUCUGUACACAUAUUCGCAAAUUUCUGCACGUAAUGUCAGAUUCGAUGUUUUUGAAUUGGCAGAUUUAAAGUAUCAUCAUUCCUGGACGAAGAACUCCUCACAGUUCGUUUGGAAGUUUCUAGUUUUGUGUUUAUACACCUUCAAAUUUUUAAAAAUUUUCGUUUGAUCACACGAGACCUUCAGGUGUCUACUUUAAUGGGAUUUAUGAUGAUGAACUACGCUUUUACUUCAUCUAUUUGCGGGUGCCGCGAAAUAGUGUCACAGCUUUUAAUAAUGUAGAGAGAAAGUCAAUAUUUAUUCUACUGUCGGCAUAUCGAAGAGUGCGGUAUUUGUUUUUGAGCUGGUGAUUGUAUUGGCGGCACAGACAAUUUGGUCACUGACCUCGUGGAAAGGUCUCCUCAAUUACGCAUAAUCUGUUCAGUUUGUAGGUAUGUAUCGUAAGGGGUAGUUUUAGAGUUUCAAACACAUUGACGAUAAAACUCUAUAACCACGUGACGUAUUAUUUUUUAAAGGAAAAACUAUUCAACGUUGUUCGUUGAAAACUUUUGUGUUUGUUUUUUUUCUCUGGUGAGGAAUUCUCCGUGAAAAUAACAAGGAAUGAUGUUGAUUCAUUUCCCAUUAAAAAUUAUGUAAGAAAGUAGAUGUUAAAAUACCUAAACCGAGAUACCGGGUUUCAGGAUUUCAUUGUUAGGAGCAUGAGGAAUUUGAACGUAUCAAAGCUCAGUCUACAAUGAUCAACAGCAAAUAUUGCAGCUGUAAAAAACGUUGUGCAGGAAUGUAUGAGAAUUAUCACUCAUUGUCAAUCUGAACCUAAGUGUAUCCUGGUUAUUUUCUUUUCGAAAGACUGUUUUCCGCAAAAAAAAAGAAAAGAAAAAACCUCUUUUCAAGUAAAGCAAAUCAAAAUGUUUCAUUGAAUAUAUGUGUGUGAUUCAUUUAGAAUGAGAGAAGAAAAUUUUCAGCAAAUUUUAAUAAAAACUGUCAGUUUUUCUAUAAAAAGAAAAGAAAGAAAAUGAAACAUAUCUGCUCAUACAAUUUCGCAAUCCGAGAUAAGCAUUUUUUUUUUUUACAAAAGCCAUCAAUAUGCAGGGUUAUGGUUCAUUUUUACUUAAUUUUCAUUCAGGAAAUAGCAGUGGUGCCAAUUUGACAGUAUUUAUCACUCAUGAGAUGGCUUGCAAAUACAAAUAUUUUCACGCAAAUAAAUGUUGAUAUGAAUGUACCAAGCCGGACCUGAUAAAAAGAAGAAAAAAGAACGGCGCGUCAAAUCGCAAAUUGAUAAUAAAAUACAAUAUAUGAAAGAGAUAAUAGUUGUUGAGGUGAACGAUUAAGCACUUAAUGAUACAGGCAUUGGAUUAAAAACUUGAAAUUGAUAACAAGGAAUACGAGCAAUGUAUUUAUCAUUAUGAUUUAUUUUUUUAUGAGGUGACGAGGGCGAUACGAAGAUAAUGCACACUGAUUCUGACAAGGGUCGAAGAGAGCAGCAUUUGCGGAUUCAGCAAAUUUGCAACACUGCUUUUCUCCAUUUAAACUUAUGGAAACGUAUAGAUUCUAAGAGGGUUCAGGUGCUCCGACAAGAAUCGAUUAUUUAACAUAGGUUUAAAUGGAGGGAAUCCGGUGUUGCCAAGUUGCUGGAUCCGCCUGUGGAGAGCGGGAGAACGCGGUAUUUUUUUCGCUCUGAUACUUGUUUUAAGCAUAAAGAAAAUUAAGGUAAUUUGGAGCACAAUAAAUUACUGUAAUCUUUUCAUAUUUUUUUAUAAGAAAAGUAAACACAUAAAAUUUAAAAGAAAAAAACCAAAGACAUUCAUAUUUUGGAAAGGCACAUUUUGAUAUAUUAUUUUUAAAAUUUCUUUAUCACUGAGGAUUGCACGCAGUCACCGGUGAAAUUUAGUCCGUUGAACAUCAAAUCCAUACCUGUAAAUUAAACGCGAACUACACGCACAAAAGAAGAAGAAGAAGAAGAAGAAGAAGAAGAAGAAGAAGAAGAAGAAGAAGAACAACUUUUCGUAUAUUAUUUCCCGUUGAAUUAAUCGAUAAAAUCUUCGAAUAAAUGGUGCCCAAUGGUCAACCGAAACAUCGAUAAGUUCUUUUGUACAUUUUUUUGUAUCACUCUUUCUUUUAUAGCGUGAUUAUACCUAAGGUAUCGACCAUCAAA